GCAUAUAAAAUUUCUUUCUGUUUGUUUAUAUAUUGUGACUUCCUGUCUCUCUUGCAAAUUCACAUGUUGUAGUUUAAUAAAAUCUAGGUCACAGUUCAAGUUUCAACAGCAAUGAAGAAAGUAGUGUUGAAAUUAAAUUUACAAGAUGACAAAGAGAAACAAAAAGCCAUGAAAGCAGUGUCUGGGCUAUCAGGAGUGGAUUCAAUCGCGAUAGACAUGAAGGAUAAGAAGUUAACAGUGAUAGGGGAAGUUGACCCAGUGGUGGUGGUGAGCAAGUUAAGGAAACAAUGGUACACUCAGAUUUUAACAGUGGGACCAGCCAAAGAAGAGAAGAAAGAUGGUGGAGGCAAGAAAGAUGAAGGCGCCAAGAAGGAUGAUAACAAAAAGAAAGAAAGCGAACAACUUGCUGAGCUUCUCAAGGCUUACAAGGCAUACAAUCCUUACAUGACUCCAUAUCACCGUGUUGUCCUUGCAGAAGACCAUCCCAAUUCUUGUGUUAUCUGCUAAUCUUUCAGACUCCACUCCUAUAUUCAUAGUUUUAUAAAUACAAUGUCGGUCUGUAAAGGGAAUGCUGUAAAACACUCUGUAUUUUGCUCUGCUUGUUCUACCAGUUGAGGAUUUCUGUAA